AUGACCAACGACCAUGAGGUCGAAAAUGGCCGCACUUCUCACGUGGGAAAAAGGGAAGAAGAGAGCACCACUUUUACUGCCAGACAGAACCCUUUUGCUGCCGAGGCAGGAUCAGCCCUGGAUCCUAACGGGAAGAACUUCAAUACUUUAGCAUGGUGUAAGGCCAUGCUACAUAUCCACACCGAGGAUGAACAGACCCAUCCACUGCGUACUCUUGGAAUCGCCUUUAGCCACCUGAAUGUGCACGGUUUUGGUUCCGACACAGAUUACCAGAAAAGCGUCGGCAAUGUCUGGUUCGAAGCGCUGGGUCUGGCAAGAAAAGCGCUCGGUACUCAUAGCCAGCGCAGAAUACAGAUCUUACAGAACCUAGAGGGUGUCGUGGAGGCUGGCGAGAUGCUGGUGGUGCUUGGUCCUCCUGGCUCGGGAUGCUCGACCUUCUUGAAGACCAUCCCUGGGGAGACGUAUGGCUUCCAUGUUGAUAAGGAAUCCAGUAUCAAUUAUCAAGGUGUAAGCGCAAGACAGAUGGCCCACGAAUUCCGAGGGGAAGCGAUAUAUGCCGCCGAGGUCGAUAUCCACUUCCCAAAGCUCACCGUCGGAGAUACCCUUUACUUUGUAGCGCGCGCUCGAGCACCACGGCACAUUCCUGGUGGGGUGGAUGUGGCCCAGUAUGCUCGCCACAAGCGAGACGUGAUAAUGGCCAUGCUUGGUAUUAGCCACACGAAGAACACGAUCGUCGGAAACGACUUCAUCCGCGGUGUAUCUGGUGGUGAGCGCAAGCGAGUCAGUAUUGCCGAAGCUUGCCUCAGCAGUGCUCCCCUGCAAUGCUGGGAUAACUCCACCCGUGGCCUUGACAGCGCGAAUGCCAUCGAUUUUUGCAAGGCGCUGCGUAUGCAGGCAGAUAUUAACGGCACCACCGCCUGUGUCUCGCUAUAUCAAGCCCCCCAAGCUGCCUACGACCAUUUCGACAAGGUGCUAGUAUUAUACAAAGGUCACCAGAUCUACUUCGGUCGGACAGACACCGCGAAACAGUACUUUAUUAACAUAGGCUUUGCCUGCCCCGAACAACAGACCGAUGCAAACUUCCUAACAUCUAUGACUAGUCACCUCGAGCGUGUCGUGCAGCCAGCCUCACCACAGCGAGCACGGCUUCUGCAAGACAUCGAAAGCUACAAUACCAAGUUCACGCUGAAUAGGGAGUUCCUGGGCAGGUUCAGACAAUCUCACCAAGCUCAGCAAGCCCGGGUCCAGCACAUAUCCUCGCCUUACACUCUAUCGUAUGCACAACAGGUGAAUCUUAUUACAAUAUCAUCAUUGAUUGGAAAUAUCAUUACUGCUCUUAUAAUUGCCAGUAUCUUCUUCAACCUCAAGCCCAACACUAGCACCUUCUUUCAGCACAGUGCCCUUCUAUUCUUUGCCUGUCUCAUCAAUACCCUUGGCUGCGGCCUGGAAAUGCUGACUUUAUAUACGCAACAAGGAAUUAUAGAAAAGCACUCGCGAUAUACUCUCUACCACCCAUCCACCGAAGCAAUUUCAUCAAUGAUUAUGGAUUUGCCAUACAAAGUACUCAACACUAUCCUGUCGAAUACAGUUCUCUACCUCAUAAUCAACUUAAGGCGAGAAGCUAGGGCAUACUUUUUCUUUAUAUUCACUUCAUUCAUCCUAACGCUAACAAUAUCCAUGUUUUUCCGGUCUAUGGCAUCGUUGACAAGAUCACUUGUUCAAGCUUUGCCCUUUUGCGCUGUUGUUCUACUCGGCCUUUACUCCUAUACUGGCUUUGCGAUCCCGACAGGGUAUAUACUCGGGUGGGCGCGUUGGAUUGCCUAUCUCAAUCCCAUCAACUAUAGCUUUGAGACCCUCCUGAUCAAUAAAUUCCACAACCGUGACUUUCAGUGCAUAUCAUAUGUCCCAUCGGGUCCUAGCUAUACGGAUCUUCAAUCCAGGAACCAUGUGUGCUCUACCGUCGGAUCAGUACCCGGUCAAGCAUUUGUCAAUGGCGACGCCUACAUCCAAUCAGCAUAUGACUACAACGUCUCGCAUAAAUGGAGAAAUGUCGGGAUUAUACUCGCCUUCGUGUUUGUUCUGGGUGCCAUCUAUCUAGUCGCCACUGAAUUUAUCGCCGAAAAGAAAUCCAAACGCGAGAUCCUAGUGUUUCCCCGCGGGCAUAUGGCACUCAAGAAGAGUAAGCCUAAUGGUUUUAAAGGGGGCAGUGACCGCAGUGCUUUCAACAAGAAGUCUGAGUCCGACCCUGAUGACCUUAUAAUAAUCGAGCGCCAAACUGCAAUCUUCCAGUGGAAGAAUGUUUGUUUCGACAUCAAGAUUGGGAAGGAGAAUCGUAGGAUCCUUGACCACGUUGACGGAUGGGUCAAGCCAGGGAUCUUAACCGCGCUGAUGGGGGUCUCUGGUGCUGGGAAGACCACACUCUUGGAUGUUCUAGCUACACGUACCACCUUGGGCGUGAUCUAUGGAGAAAUGCUCGUCGAUAGCAAACCGCGGGAUGAAUCCUUUCAACGUAAGACUGGCUAUGCCCAGCAACAAAAUCUGCAUUUGAGCACUGCCACAGUGCGCGAGGCACUUGAGUUCUCGGCUCUUCUUCGUCAACCUGCUCAUGUUCCUCGCCGAGAAAAGAUCGAUUAUGUGACGGACGUCAUCAAACUUCUUGAUAUGGUAGACUAUGCUGACGCUGUUAUCGGCGUCCCUGGAGAAGGUCUUAACGUUGAACAACGGAAACGUCUCACAAUCGGGGUCGAGCUUGCGGCGAGACCGGCCCUGCUUCUUUUCUUGGAUGAGCCCACGUCGGGGCUCGAUUCCCAUACAUCCUUGGCUAUCCUUGAUCUGCUUAAUAAACUGAGAAAGAACGGCCAAGCAAUUCUGUGUACCAUCCAUCAACCGUCUGCCAUGCUGUUUCAGCGUUUCGAUCGUCUCCUAUUUCUUCAAGCCGGUGGCCAAACCCGUAUUCUGAUUGAUUACUUCGUGCGCAACGGUGGCCCUCCUUGUCCACCAGAAGCAAAUCCUGCUGAAUGGAUGCUUGAUGUGAUCGGCGCCGCUCCUGGUUCGCACACGGACAUCGAUUGGUUCGAGACAUGGCGAAAUUCGCCAGAAUACGCACAGGUUCAAGCGCAUCUCACCUCACCUAAGCUCGAACGUUCCCAGCAAAUCCCACUGGCUCGUAUCAGCUCCGGCACAGAGCGUGAGGACCGAGCCAGUUAUCGCGAAUUUGCUGCCCCUUUCUGGGCCCAGCUCCGCGAAGUGCAAAUCCGAGUCUUCCAGCAAUUCUGGCGCUCCCCCAUCUACAUCUACUCCAAGGCGAUUCUCUGCGUUUUGCCCGCUCUCUUCGUCGGCUUCUCUCUCUUCAACACCCCUAAUACCAUCCAGGGCCUGCAGAACCAAAUGUUCAGUAUCUUCCUGUUACUCAUCCAGUUCGGGCAAUUCAUCCAACAGAUCAUGCCGCAUUUCGUCACCCAGCGGGCAUUGUACGAAGUCCGCGAGCGGCCGUCGAAGACCUACUCCUGGCAAGUCUUCAUGCUCAGCAACAUCGGCGUCGAACUUUUCUGGAACUCACUCAUGUCCAUCCUCAUGUUUUUAUGCUGGUACUAUCCUAUCGGGAUGUAUCGCAACGCCGAACCCACCGACACCGUACACCUGCGGGGCGCGCAGAUGUGGCUGCUGAUCUGGACGUUCCUGCUCUUCUCCUCCACCUUUGCCCAUUUCAUGAUCGCCGCGCUCGACGCCGCGGAGAAUGCCGGCAACCUGGGCAGCUUUCUCCUGUUACUCUGCCUGCUCUUUUGCGGGGUGCUCGCGACCCCAGCCCAGCUGCCCGGGUUUUGGAUCUUCAUGUACCGCGUCUCCCCGUUCACGUAUCUAGUCAGCGGGAUGCUGUCGGUGGGGAUCGCCGACACGAUCGUCACCUGCGCCGACAACGAGUAUCUGCGUUUCGACCCCGUCAAUACCACCUGCGGCCGGUACAUGGCGCCGUACAUCGCGCAGGUGGGCGGAUAUUUGCAGGAAGAGACCGCGACGACGGACUGCCGCUUCUGUCCGGUGGCGGACACGAAUACGUUUCUGCGCGGGGUGGGCGCGAGCUAUGCGGAUGUCUGGAGGAACUUCGCGCUCAUGUGGGUGUUCAUCUUGACGAAUGUUGUGGCUGCGUGUCUGUUGUACUGGUGGGCGAGGGUGCCGAGGGUUAAGAAGCCGGCUGUGGCUUCGAAGGCUUGA